GUCACACCUCGCCCUUUUCUUUUGUUUGGAAAGAACAGGAUGCUGAUCUAGACGUGGAAAAAAGUCAGUCCCGCCGGUGGUUUAGAAGACAUGUGGUGUAUAUAAAGUUUGUGAUAGUUGGUGGACAUCUGGGAAUUUGGAUAAUGGGCUGUGUGCAAUGUAAGGAUAAAGAAGCAGCGAAACUGACGGAGGAGAGGGAUGGCAGCCUGAACCAGAGCUCCGGGUACCGCUAUGGCACAGACCCCACCCCUCAGCACUAUCCCAGCUUCGGCGUGACCUCCAUCCCAAACUACAACAACUUCCACGCAGCUGGGGGCCAGGGACUCACGGUCUUUGGGGGUGUGAACUCUUCCUCUCACACUGGGACCCUCCGUACGAGAGGAGGGACAGGAGUGACCCUGUUUGUGGCUCUUUAUGACUAUGAAGCACGGACGGAAGACGACCUGAGUUUUCACAAAGGAGAAAAGUUUCAAAUACUGAACAGCUCGGAAGGAGACUGGUGGGAAGCCCGCUCCUUGACAACGGGAGAAACUGGUUACAUUCCGAGCAAUUAUGUGGCUCCAGUCGACUCGAUCCAGGCAGAAGAGUGGUACUUUGGAAAACUUGGCCGGAAAGAUGCUGAGCGACAGCUCCUGUCCUUUGGAAACCCAAGAGGUACCUUUCUUAUCCGCGAGAGCGAAACCACCAAAGGUGCCUACUCACUUUCCAUCCGUGACUGGGAUGAUAUGAAAGGAGACCACGUCAAACAUUAUAAAAUCCGCAAGCUUGACAACGGCGGGUACUACAUCACGACCCGGGCGCAGUUUGAGACCCUUCAGCAGCUCGUACAGCACUACUCAGAGAGAGCCGCAGGUCUCUGCUGCCGCCUAGUAGUUCCCUGUCACAAAGGGAUGCCAAGGCUUACCGAUCUGUCUGUCAAAACCAAAGAUGUCUGGGAGAUCCCUCGAGAAUCCCUGCAGUUGAUCAAGAGACUGGGAAAUGGGCAGUUUGGGGAAGUAUGGAUGGGUACCUGGAAUGGAAACACAAAAGUAGCCAUAAAGACUCUUAAGCCGGGCACCAUGUCUCCGGAGUCCUUCCUGGAGGAGGCACAGAUCAUGAAGAAGCUAAAGCAUGAUAAACUGGUGCAGCUGUACGCCGUGGUGUCCGAGGAGCCCAUUUACAUCGUCACAGAGUACAUGAGUAAAGGAAGUUUGCUUGAUUUCUUAAAAGAUGGUGAAGGGAGAGCUCUGAAAUUGCCAAAUCUUGUCGACAUGGCAGCACAGGUGGCUGCAGGAAUGGCUUACAUCGAGCGGAUGAAUUACAUCCACAGAGACCUGCGAUCGGCGAACAUUCUGGUGGGGAACGGACUCAUUUGCAAGAUUGCUGAUUUCGGGUUGGCGCGGUUGAUUGAAGACAAUGAGUACACGGCGAGACAAGGUGCAAAGUUCCCCAUCAAGUGGACAGCCCCUGAAGCAGCCCUAUAUGGAAGGUUCACAAUCAAGUCUGACGUGUGGUCUUUUGGAAUCUUACUCACAGAGCUGGUCACCAAAGGAAGAGUGCCAUACCCAGGCAUGAACAACCGAGAGGUGCUGGAGCAGGUGGAGAGAGGUUACAGGAUGCCCUGCCCUCAGGACUGCCCCAUCUCCCUGCACGAGCUCAUGAUCCACUGCUGGAAGAAGGAUCCCGAAGAGCGCCCCACUUUCGAGUACUUGCAGGGCUUCCUGGAGGACUACUUUACCGCCACAGAGCCCCAGUACCAGCCCGGUGAAAACCUGUGAGAGCCUGCUCUUCAGAGACCUCCUCCAGAGGCCUCCCCACCCCUCCCCAUUAGCUUCCAAUUCCGUAGCCAGCUGCCCCUGAGCAGCGAGAACCGUCCAGGAUCAGAUUGCAUGUGACUCUGAAGCUGACGAACUUCCAUGGCCCUCAUUAAUGACACUUGUCCCCCAGUCCGAACCUCCUCUGUGAAGCAUCCGAGACAGAAGCGUGUUAUUCCUCAGACUCUGGAAAUGCAUUGUAUCGAUGUGAUGUCAAAGGCCGACUCUGUUCAGUGUAAAUAGUCGCUCCCGUGCCAACACUCCCUAGUGCUUUCCUUUUUUAAAAAAAAAAGAAAAUGCAAAUCCUAUGUGAUUUUAACUCUGUCUUCACCUGAUUCAACUAAAAAGAAGUAUUAUUUUCCAAAAGUGGCCUCUUUGUCUAAAACAAUAAAAUUUUUUUUCAUGUUUUAACAAAAACCGA